UCGGGAGGGGAAGUGAGGCGGUUUCCUCGGCGCCUUUUCCGGCAGCGGCGGCGGCCAGAGCUGGGAGGAGGAGGUGGAGGCCGGAGGGAGCCCGCGCUCGGGGCGGCGGCUGGAGGCGGCGCACCGAGCUCCCGCGAGGAUCAAUGACCUGACGGGGCGCCGAAGCCGCGCUCCUCCUCGGGUGGUCUGGGUCGGUGGUGAGCCCGGUGUUGGGCAACCAGCUGGCGGGCGAGUGAGCAGCCCGCAGUCUCCCGCGGCGGGGUGAGGCCGAGGCGGCGGAGCGGGAAGCGCGGCGGCGCUCGCGCGGCGCCUGCGGGGGGAAGGGCAGUUCCGGGCCGGGCCGCGCCUCAGCAGGGCGGCGGCUCUCCCAGCGCGGACUCGGGGGCCCCGGCGGCGGCGGCGGCGACUGGACGCCUGGAGUGGUGUGGCCGGUGAUGUCCGAGUGAGCGACGGGCCCCGGCCUCUGCCUCCAGGAGGCGACUUCCCGGCAGGCCGCUCGUGCGCCCUCGCGGCGGGCAGGCUUCGUUUCGGUCUCGCGGCGGGCGGCGGCGUUGUUGGUAGAGGGGACCCGGGACACCUGAAUGCCCCCGGCCCCGGCUCUUCCGACGCGAUGGGGAAGGUGCUAUCCAAAAUCUUCGGGAACAAGGAAAUGCGGAUCCUCAUGUUGGGCCUGGACGCAGCCGGCAAGACCACGAUCCUGUACAAGUUGAAGCUGGGCCAGUCUGUGACCACCAUUCCCACCGUGGGUUUCAACGUGGAGACUGUGACUUACAAAAAUGUCAAGUUCAACGUGUGGGAUGUGGGCGGCCAGGACAAGAUCCGGCCGCUCUGGCGGCAUUACUACACCGGGACCCAGGGUCUGAUCUUCGUCGUGGACUGCGCCGACCGUGAUCGCAUCGACGAGGCCCGCCAGGAGCUACACCGCAUUAUCAAUGACCGGGAGAUGAGGGACGCCAUAAUCCUCAUCUUCGCCAACAAGCAGGACCUGCCUGAUGCCAUGAAACCCCACGAGAUCCAGGAGAAACUGGGCCUGACCCGGAUUCGGGACAGGAACUGGUAUGUGCAGCCCUCCUGUGCCACCUCGGGGGACGGACUCUAUGAGGGGCUCACAUGGUUAACCUCUAACUACAAAUCCUAAUGAGCAUUCUCCACCCAUCCCCGGAAGGAGAGAAAUCAAAAACCCAUUCAUAGGAUUAUCGCCACCAUCAUCACCUCUUCAAUUGCCACUUUCUCUUUUCUUUUGAAUUUGAACUCUGGAGUUACUGUUCUACGUUUUAGGGGUGGGGGUUGGGGUUUUUCUUUUUCCUUUUCCUUUAUUAUCUUUUUUUUUUUCUUUUUGGCUUUGCGUUAGUAUGCUCAGAUCUGACAUUUGACCUGAACACAGUGCUACAUGCUCUUACUGACUUCCAGCAAAUGGGGUGGGGGAAAUAUAGCAUUUCUUGGUAAAGUCCUUUAUAAUAAUGGUUUGAUUUUUUUAUUUCGAGAGAAUCUUUUUUUCCAAUGUAUGCUUUUUUCCUUUUUGCCCAGUUUCCUUAUUACUUGCUGUAGAUGGCUUAUUUUGCAUUCAUGCAGACUGUGUUGCAAGUCUGUUUCAUCUAGUAAACUGAAAAUUAUUGCUUAAUCAAACUGCCGUUUGUCUUUUAUAUUUAAGGCCUCCUCUCCUCCCUUGUUAGCUCUAACUUAGUAAUUUCAAAUGUGACCUUUUAUAUCUUAAGACCAGUAGGGUAAACAGCCCACACUGGCAUAUAAUGAGUAAUACCAAUGUAAUGUGCUCCAGUUGCACAUCAGUAUGUUAAAACAGGUCAUGUAAGAGGUUCUUUGAAAUGUCAGCAACUAAGUUCUGAAACAUACAUCAUGCAUGAGCAGAAUAAAACCCAAGUUCCUCAAAACAUAGCUAACUUAUGCUGCAUAAAAAUAAUGAAAAGUGUAAGUCAAGGAUGCAGAUUGUUUUACACCAUGAAGUUAUUAGCAGCUUUGCUUUCCCUAUUUUCUUAAAAAUAUACUCUUUCCAGAAAAUGGAGCAAUAAUGAUAUGUGCCACACAGAUGAAAUAUUUGUAGAUAUUUUAAGUAACUUUUUGGGCAAAACUGGAAUAUAAUUUCAAAUGUCUAAGACCAGUAGUUUUAAAAUUACUAAAACAUUUACUUUGAUCCACUUAAACAAUCCAAGUUAUAUGCACCUUUUACCUAGCUGGAAAAAUACACAUUCCUGUUUUCACAUUACAGCAACUGAUUUAAAGAUGAAAUCAUUCAUAGAUGAGUGAUAACAUCUCCAUUAAUUAGAACACUGGAAAAAUACUUUAUUAAGAAAUCUUCAUUUUACUUGAUUGCAGGAUUAACUCAUCCAAAUCGACAUCCUGUUGGUUCUCUUAGUACACCAUCUUUAAGGAAAGAAGUGUGAUGAAUGAACGAUGUGUAGCCUUGAGGGAUGAGGAAGUGGGAUUAAGAUGAAGAACCUACAAGAUGACAAUGAAUGUAAACUUUCUUUAAGAGUAAGGGGUGUGCUCACUGGAGAAACCCAGAUCUUAUAAAGAAUUGGUUAGGACCUGUAACUAGAUUGAACCAAAUGUUAAUGCUUAAUUUAGAACUGGGAAGCAACAUCUGGUUCUUACAUGGCCUUAAGGAUUAAUUUUAGUGAUCCUCAAGGAAUAAAACUUAGGGAACUUCAGAAAUGUAGACUGCAAAGGCAGUGGUUUUGUUUAUGAGGGUGACUGAAAACAAAUUGAACGGGAUAUCAUGGUAUAUAGUUGGACAGUAUUGGUCCUUCAUGUUUUGGCCAUAUUGUAGGAGCUUUUACCAAAGAUAUAUGAUGCAGAAGGGUAUUCAAAAAAGCAAGUGUUCAAAAUGAAACAUUUAAAACAGAUGAGAAAAGGUGCUAUGUAGGCUCCUGUUGCAGAGGGAUUUUUGAAUUCAAGAUGCAACUGAAAUAUAAAGUUCUCAGUUUCACUUUAAUAGUAUUGCUAAAGAUGAGGCUGAUUAAACACAUUUAAGAACAUUUUGGUUGCUCUUUAUAAUUCCUAAAGCUCCACCAUAAAUGUAGUUCUUAAUGUCUUUUAAGUGAUUACAUUUUAAGGUACAUAAACAUGGGCUAUACAAAUAUCAAUGCUAUAGUAACAUCCUGAUACAAAACAAGCACAAAGGUAUAAAUGCCUAAACUGGAGGAAACUUGAAACCCUCAUGUUAAUUCUUAAAUGUAGUGUUUCUAACUUGUGACAGACAGGUUGAUAGGCAGCCAUUUUUUUGUCUUAAAAUAACUGGGGGACAUAGUUAAAAUUUUAUACAUCAAGUGAUUGCUCUUACUGAAUGUUGCAGGUGAGAUGUGGUUACUUAUAGUUUAUUUGAAAUGUCUGGAAAGGGGGGGAGGGGGGAAGAAGAUAUUUGAAAAUUGGAAAACCCUAAACCUUUUGGAAAGAAAUUGUAAUUUUCACUUACAUUUUCUUAAGACUAUGAAAGGUUUAUAAUUGAUGUAGUUAAAUUGAAUCAUAACUAUUGGUGAUUAUGAAGCAGGUACUCCUAGCCUGCAAAAAAAAGUUAUAAUAAUUAAAAAAAAUAAGAUCCUGAAGUUCUUGUUUAAUUGCAUCAAUUUCUGUAUUUAUGUGAAUUUAUAAACUGCAGUAAGUUUUGAAUGAGAUUAAUCUUGUCUAAGUCUGUAGACCGUGAUCUUCCCAAACUAAAAAGUACAGUACUUGGAAUUGUGUUCUUUAUGGUUGUAGUGUUGGUAAAGCACUAAAAUGCAGAAAAUAAAGGAAUUACACAGCGCA